CGCUGCUGGUGCUGCGGCAGGGCCCGAGGCUCUCCGCCCCCAGGCAUAAGAAGCCAGCGAGUCCCAGGGCCCCUGGCUGCAUUGCGUUGCCGUGUCACAGCCCUGCCGCCAGCAAGGGCCACACUGUCACCAUGUCUGAGCUGGAGAAGGCCAUGAUUGCCAUCAUUGAUGCCUUCCACCAAUACUCAGGGAAGGAGGGAGACAAGCACAAGCUGAAGAAAUCAGAACUGAAGGAGCUCAUUAACAACGAGUUGACCCAUUUCCUUGGUGAGAUCAAAGACCAGGAGACUGUGGACAAAGUCAUGGAGGCACUGGACAGCGAUGGGGAUGCAGAGUGCGACUUCCAGGAGUUUGUAGCCUUCAUUGCGAUGGUCACCGCUGCUUGCCAUGAGUUCUUUGAGCAUGAGUGAGCUGGCAGGAAGCAGGCAAGCACCUCCUGCUCAUGCUGGAGAGAUGCAGAGCAGCAUCGCUCCUCUGGGAAAAGACUGGGUGCAACUAGGGGCUCCUUGGAGUUAAGCUUGUGCUAGACUUAAGCAGCUUAUUAAGCUCUGCAGCUUUGUGAACAAGAAACACCCACAUGGCUCAGGAAAGCCUAUUGGCCAGCGCCCGCCUGGCUGGAUGUGGUGUGCGAAUGCCUGGACUCCAGCUCCUUCCCUACUGCUGUAUGCAAGGGACGUGUAUGGGGCUGGAGGGAGGCAGACACUGCGAUCCAUGCUUGCGUGCAAAGGGAAAAGGGAAAUUCACAGGCUGAAGUAGGAGGUGAUGCAGAGGGGCUGGUUACAGAAGCCUGGUUCUGAGCCCACUGGCUUGACAGAAAGGGUCCCGUUGAUUCCCGUGGGCUCUGACCACCCUGUGCACGGUACUAACCCAGGCAGCAUGGCCCCGGUCCCAUCACGGGGCUCAGCAGAGCCCACGCAUUUCUUGGCAAAUUGAGACACCCUUGGCUUGAAAGGCAAAGCAUAACCAUCUAACAGCCCAGGCUUUUCUCUUGUUGAUGAAUCCUCCUGCAGAACUGGAAGUAAAAGCAUAUGAGGCUCCUGGGCUGGGGACAGCGUCUGGGCCUGGGAUGUGCCUUGGCAAGGUCUCCAGGCUCAGUCAGAAGGGAAGGGGGGAUCCGCUCAGUGUGACCACAGUGCUUUAACGCAGACCAGGCGCAGCCUCCAGAGUGUGUGGAAAUGGUGAGAAUAAAAUAUUGUUUUGGUUUGUGGGCCGCAGUUAGUCUCUGAUGAAAAGCCUGUCCUUUUGUCCCAGGCUGCAUGCAGCUCCCCGGCUGCCUUGUAGUGUCAGAGGGGAAGGCUGGAGGAUGCAGCCUGAAGCACUGCUAAGGCUCACACCCCGGGGUUUCUUGUCGGGCAUCAACUCUUCAUCUCAUGGCCAUCGCUGUAGCCAGCCAAACAGCUCAAGGCUGUUGCCACCACCAUACUCCACCUGGCUCUCCAAAGUACCUGCGAGGCCAAAGGAGCACAAUGCACCUCCGCAGGACUGCUGCUGCUCAGGAUGUAUCCACUGUUGCCAGGGUCAUCCAAGAGGUUGCACUGGUGAGCCUUUGCAAAGCCAAAACUAAACCUAGAACAAUUUCCCCGAAGCCUAUGCUCCUGCCUUUUUCAGUCUGCA